GGCGCGCAGCGCCCGUGUGUGGGCGGGCUCCGGGACGUGCUCGCUGGGGAGCGCCGCGGCGCCGCACAUGCUCACUGGCCGCGGAGGCACCGCCGGAGUCUGAAGAUUUCUCUGAAGCAUAAUCUUCAAGAUGAAGUUCUUACUAGCGAUUUUAUGUUUCAUCUCAUUCUCCUUAUGGGUUGAAGAAGUCUAUUCCAAAGAGAAGUCUUCAAAGAAAGGAAAAGGGAAAAAGAAGCAGUAUCUAUGUCCAUCGCAGCAAUCAGCGGAAGACCUUGCAAGAGUACCUGCUAAUUCUACCAGCAAUAUCUUGAAUAGACUAUUGCUCAGCUAUGAUCCCAGGAUAAGGCCUAAUUUCAAAGGAAUUCCAGUCGAUGUUGCAGUUAACAUCUUCAUUAACAGCUUUGGGUCAAUUCAAGAGACAACUAUGGAUUAUAGAGUCAACAUCUUUCUAAGACAGAAGUGGAAUGACCCCAGACUCAAAUUGCCCAAUGACUGGAGAGGUUCAGAUACACUAACAGUGGACCCAACUAUGUUUAAGUGUCUUUGGAAGCCAGACUUAUUUUUUGCAAAUGAAAAAAAUGCUAACUUCCAUGAUGUCACACAAGAAAAUAUCCUCCUUUUUAUAUUUCGGGAUGGAGACGUCCUAGUCAGCAUGAGAUUGUCUAUUACGCUGUCAUGCCCUUUGGACUUGACCUUGUUUCCUAUGGAUACACAGCGCUGCAAGAUGCAAUUGGAAAGCUUUGGUUACACAACUGAUGACUUACGGUUUAUCUGGCAGUCUGGAGAUCCUGUACAGCUAGAGAAAAUUGCUCUGCCUCAGUUUGAUAUUAAAAAGGAGGAUAUUGAAUAUGGUAAUUGUACCAAGUAUUACAAAGGCACAGGUUAUUACACUUGUGUAGAAGUAAUCUUCACUUUAAGAAGACAAGUUGGAUUUUACAUGAUGGGUGUUUAUGCUCCUACACUGCUAAUUGUUGUUCUAUCCUGGCUGUCAUUUUGGAUCAAUCCUGAUGCAAGUGCUGCAAGAGUCCCACUGGGUAUUUUCUCAGUGCUCAGCUUGGCAUCUGAAUGUACCACUCUUGCAGCUGAGCUUCCCAAAGUGUCUUAUGUGAAGGCCUUAGAUGUCUGGCUGAUUGUUUGCCUUCUCUUUGGGUUUGCAUCCCUGGUGGAAUAUGCUGUAGUUCAGGUAAUGCUAAACAAUCCAAAGAGAAUUGAAGCUGAAAAAGCAAAGAUUGCCAAGGCAGAGCAAGUGGAAGGGAAGGGUGGAAAUGCUGCCAAGAAGAACACUGUGAAUGGCACAGGGACUCCUGUUCACAUCAGCACUUUACAGGUUGGUGAGACCAGAUGCAAAAAAGUUUGCACUUCGAAAUCUGAUCUGAGAUCCAAUGAUUUCAGCAUUGUUGGAAGCUUGCCAAGGGAUUUUGAAUUAUCAAAUUAUGACUGUUAUGGGAAGCCCAUUGAAGUCAACAAUGGGCUCGGGAAAUCUCAAGCCAAGAACAACAAGAAGCCUCCUCCUCCCAAGCCUGUCAUUCCAUCUGCAGCAAAGAGAAUCGAUCUUUAUGCAAGAGCACUCUUUCCUUUUUGCUUCUUGUUCUUCAACGUCAUAUACUGGUCCAUAUAUUUAUGAUAAAUCCUUUUUUUUGUGUGUGUGUGUGUAAAAUAUAGCCCAUUUCAUUAUCCCUUCCCAGUCAUGAAGGCCACUGUGUGAAAUGAUUUGCAUUUGCAAAGCAAUAUGUUGCAUCUUGAUGCCGUGCAAUUGUACUGAAUAUAUGGCAUCUGAAGUUUGAAUGAAAGCAUGACACUGCAAUGUCUGUGCUCUGGCCAACUUUGUAUAUAAAAGUACAGCAUACAUCCUGCUUUAGGAAUAUAUAUAUGUCUGAAGGACAAUGCCUACUACAUUAUAAAGCUGAAUAACACUCUUCAGUUAUUAGUAACAUGCAGAAAUUUAAAGUGUUUCUGACAAUGAAACUGAUGUGCACGUUGAAUAUUAUUAAAUCAGUAUUCUAGUAUAUGUAGUAUUUAACAUCUUUUCUGAUGACUUCCAGAGGAAAAAGAAACACCCACCAAACAUCUUUUUCUUGUAUGAUUUCAGCUGGCACUACUGAAGAAAAAGCUAAGGUGUAAUUAUUAUUAUUUGAACUUUGUAAGUAAAGGCAGCAUCAAGUAAGCAGAUCUUGUCUAUGUGGAAAAAUAAAGAUCAGAGAACUACUAAUUUUGUAAAAUCAACUCAUUUAGGAAAAACCCCAAAAACUGUGUCCAUGAAGCAGGCACAGUUAAGUGUGUUUGAAUAUGCUGGCAAUAAAACAUUGGGAAAAAUUUUAACUGCUGAUUCUUUAGGCACAAACUAGAUACAGUACAUAAAAAACAAACAGGCCACUUUCUAGACUAAAGGUAUCAGGAGUUUUGGAGAGGCAUCAAAAAAUGGAGCUCAGUAUCAGAUUUGUUAUACAUUUUUACAUUAGUUUGUCCUCCAGCUCAACUUCUGUAGCAUCUGGCCUGAAGUAUGUAAGUCACAAUUUUUUUGUUGUUGCAUUGACAUUUCUUUCUUGAUUUGUUUUCUUUAUCGCCUUGAAAGCUUUCAUUUUAAACAAACCAGUUGUCAAGAUGAAAUUCUAUUUUCACCAAUAAUUAUACCUUUUCUGUUUGCUUGCUAGCUAGUACCUAGCCACUAGUAGGAGUGAAAACAUGUCCUAAGGUCUAAGGAGCUGAAACUCUCAUCAGCCCUACUGUGCCUCUGUGUUAAUUAAUGGCUACCCUCACCAACCCAUUGAUCUCGCUGCUGCAUUUUGGAAAAUAAGGUUCUAUGCAUGAAAUAGUUCUGAUAGGAAGCUGCUUUCCAUUUUCCAGAGGAAACUCUAUGGUAUGGAGAUUACCUUAACAUGAGCUCCUUGUUGUGCAUAGGACAGGAGCUGUGGUCUCCUAUGAAUGCCAGGGUACAUCCCUUCAUAAGGGCGAGUAAUGAGAAGAAAUGCGGCCAAAAGAAAGCUGCAUGUGGGUAGGCAUGUGAGUAGAGUGUGUCUCCUGAGAACAGGGCCUUGGCCUCAGCCCAUGAGAGCAUGCCAUACACAUCUCUGCUGGUAGAGAUGGGGCACCACAGCUAGUUUCAGUAUGAAAAUAAGGUGCCUUUCACUAAGUUUGCAAUUCAUAAAAGGAAAUCAGGACUAUUGGCCCCUCAUAGGCUAGGAAGGGAUUGGUUUAAAUUCAUGAAACCUUCCAUAGUGAACAAUCCCACUAGUUGUGCUACAAUUCUGGCAUGUCCAGGAUGUGUUGAGCUAAUGCAGGCCACAAUGUUGGAUCACUUGAGAGUUGUCCACAACAAGUUGUCCACAUGCGGUGAUUCUGCACAACCAGAAGGUCAAAAGUGGGAAUGUGAGGAGAGGAAUGGCACACCACACCGGCAUCAUUGGACAUCUGGUAAACCUGCACACCCAGAGCUUUUUCAAACCACUGCUACUUUGGGAUCAACAGGCUGUCUACAGUGAUUUGUGUUUGGGUUGAAGAGAUCUGCUCUUCUCUGUAUGGUCCCAUGCAUUCCACCUACUUCCUGGCCACUGUCUCAUGCAGGUUUCAGGCAGCCACUCUACCGAGUGGCCACAGUUUGUCCUUUGGAUUUCUUUCUAAUCCAAAGAAAUGGAAGGCAAAUCCCAGACAUUAUUGAGCUGUGUUGAACAAGGGCUGAGGGAAAUUAUAUCUUUAAGGUUCAAGGUUUUAAUAUUUCUGUUAAUUGAAGGUAAUUCCAGAAUUGUCAGAGACUUUAAGAAGCAAUAAGGAUAAACGAAAUGAAGGAGAGGAAGGACAGGAGAGUGACUUUUUAUACAUGCAGAAUGGUAUAUUUAUAGACAUUAUUUAUUCUCAUACUUGUAUUUUUUCUUACAGUACUGGAAGGCAAAAAAAUAAUUACCUUGUGUUGAAAAUUAUAUGAAUUUUGGAAGAUAAUUUUCUUAUUAGAACUCUUAUUAAAUGAUUUAUCUGUAAUUAAUGUCCACAUUCUAUCUGUAAAAUCUCAAUUAUAGAUUUUAUUGUUAAAUUAAUCUUUGUUCCUUCUUGCUUUUCUGCUUACUUGAUGGCUUUUGUGUUUUAUCAUAAAACAUUUAAUCAAUAAUACACUGUAAUUGCUUUCCAACUCACACAAAGGAAAGCAAAAGGAAUGCAUAUUGUUCAAGGUUUUUUGUUCAUUACAAUACAAAAACUAAGGCCAGAAGUGAAGUUUAACAGUGAAUUUGAAACUAAAUUUAAAAUGAAACAAAGCGUCAACUAUAAAGUAUUAAUUUUCUUUUUACUUACACUAGAUAAUAUUGCAGUAUUUGUAUUACCUUGGAAUAUAUUAGCUUGUCUUACUGAGCAGUAAUAAUUGAUUUCUUUUUUUUUUCCUCUUUCUACUAAAGGUCAUCAAGAGUUUUGCAUUCCAUCUCACAUUAUGGUCCACUAGCCCCCUCUAGUUGUAAAAUUCAGCCGUUGACUGAUUUCCAGAAUAAGGUGCAAAUAUAAAACUGUAUAGGCAAAUUAGGAUCCUAAUUGCAAAUUAUAAUGUGAAAAAAAAAUAGUAUUAAAUUAAAAUAAAUGGGUACAAAAUAAAUUUACAGCUGUAGAAAUUUUCCAUGCAGUUAAAAUUUAGAAGUAUAGAAAUCAAGACAUUUAAGACAUUCAAGUAGUAGCAAAGAUUCAUGAAGUGCAGCUUAGUAACUCGACUAACUAGUCAUGAUUUCUAAACAAACCACAUGACAGCAAAAUCUGUUUUUGUGGGAGAGCCCAUCUGUGUUUCAGCUGACAUUUACUUCAAGUUCUGCUCUUAACUGGUGGGAGAUUUACAAAUUUUUGUUCUAUCUUUAAGAUAAACCUCGGUAUUUUCUUGGUUCUUAAGCAUCAAAGGGUAGUAUACAAAUAGCUGAUUCUGUUAUUUUAUAGUAUCAUCACCUUUAGAUAUCUCUCUACAUAUUUUUCAGGAUUUUAGAACACAUUCAAACACUGCAUCAGGAAUUUUCCUGGAGAUUAUUUAAUUAAUUUCUCAACUGCAUCUGCAUCAAAUUUAAGGUAGGCAAUAAGUAAGGAUGUAAUUUGAAAAGUGUAUCAGCUGUUAUGUGUUAAUUCACUGUUGUACACAGCUCAUGUUUGACACACAGUUUUAGGAGCAGUUCUUAAGUGUGUAAUGGCACCUCCUCUUCACUUAAUUCUUGCUGAGAUAGUGUAUGUGAGCAGUUGGUCUUUUGAGGAAAGUUUAUUUUUGCAAGUGCAGUAUAGAGAUCGGCCACUUGGAAACACUGCCAAGCAGCUUUCAUUCUUCAAAGUCUUCAGAUUAAUUUGGACUUGUUAACAGGGUAAAGGAAGAUGUCUUUGGUGGCCUAUUACCCAUUAAAGAGAAAGCAGUAACACUGCCUUCUGGGUUAGUGUCAAUAGGCAAUCACCACAGUGAUUGAUCUGACUGUAUAAUCUUUUAAAGGAAAUGCACUUACAAGUAAUCUUUAUUUAAAAAUAUUUUACUCUGAAGAGAGACAAUGCCUUACUUAAGUAGUCUGUUAUAGCUGUAAAGGGAAUCACUUAAGAGAUGCUAUAAUACAGUUAUAAUACAGACUAAGAUCUCUGGUUCAACUAAAAUAGCUUAUCCAUAUGGUUACUGGGGGAUGUUUAUAGAAUAGGUAGCAUUGAAUUAUUUAUUUCCAAGGGAGUGCAACCUGAAUAUAUGCAGUAUCAAGUGAUUUUUCAGGCCAUUGAGAUAUCAUAGUGCUACAAAGAGUACAAAUGACGUGUCUAGCAGAUAAGGGAAUGUGAGGACACUCUUACUUGAUGCUUUUGUGUACUCAUUCCAGGAUUAGAGAAGGUAAUGUGGAAAGAAAUUCAGAUACAGAUAAGUUGAAUAAUAGUUUUGUUUGUGUCAACUCCUUAAUUUGUGUCUAGAAAUUUGAUUUGUAUAUAAAUGACUUACCUCCUUUUUAUCUUAAUCUAAGGAGUCAAUAAAAAAACAGGAAAAUUAAGCUCAUCUGUGAUGCCCAAAAGAUAAGGAAACUAAUUAUUUUCUUGUGAAGCUUUACACCUAAGUAAACAGUGGAAUAUAAGGAAAAAUUUAAGACAUAAAUUCCUCAUUAUUGUAGUUUUUCCUGUGCCAUUGUAUCUAAUCAGCUGCAAGCAAUCUGAGCUGCUUGCAAGCAUGCCCUUGUAUUUUGCCUUGCUCAAGAAAGUUGCCCACUCCUGUACUCCCCCUGCACCUGUACCCCUUUCAUCAGUGUGAAUGGUGUCAGCAGACAUUUAAAAUAAAAAUUACAGUAAAUUCACGAA